CCGGUUCUCUCUUCUUGCACUUUCCUUCCAAAAAUUUGUCCAAUCUCCAAUCUAAUCUUCCUCGCCCAGAAAAAUACAGAUAUUUCUGUGCUUGGAUUCCUUCACCUCCAAAAUCGUCGGAGUUUCCUUUCAUCUCCAGCAGUCGCUUUAGUAGAAAGUAACCGAACAAUUUUCAUCUUCCCACCAAAAAACAAUGGCGAUUUCUUCCAUCUCUGCUUCGUCGGCAAUCACAUCUUCUUUCGGAACCCCGAAUUCCGGGAGCUACCAUUACUCCUCUUCCAAGCUAUCUUCAUUCUCCUCCGCGACGCAGCUUCCGUUCCAUCUGAAACCUAACUGGUUCUCCAACUCACGGAUUUCGUCCCCCGCCGGACCUUCUCGAAUCCUACCUAAGGUUUUCAGAAGAACUCUGCCAUUGCUCUUCUUGGAGUCUGUCUAUGGAAUAGGUGUCUCCGCGGAAGCCCUAUUCCAGAGAGACCCUCCGUCUCCAGUUUCUGCAAAGAAGGAAAGCUUCGCCAACUUAGAUGAGCUGCUGCAGAAGUCAGACAAACCCGUACUGGUCGAUUUUUACGCAACCUGGUGUGGACCAUGCCAGUUCAUGGUUCCAAUUCUGGAGGAAGUGAGCGGCAUCAUGAAGGACUCAGUCCAGGUGGUGAAAAUCGACACCGAAAAGUACAGCGCCAUUGCUACCCAAUACGACAUCCAGGCAUUGCCCACUUUCAUCCUGUUCAAAGACGGGAAGCCUAUCGAUCGCUUCGAAGGUGCAUUGCCCAGAGACCAACUCGUCCAACGCAUAGAAAGCUCUCUUAGCGUCCAGCAAUCUUAAGCUUCUUCCUUCUUCGUCCAAAUUUCAUGAAAGCUCAGAGAUUUCCAGGAGAAGAAAACCAAAGCUCCAUUGCCAUCCUUCAAUCCCUCCAUUUUUCUUCCCUUCUUGUUCCCCAUAGAAUGUAGAUCAUGAUGAAAGACAGAAAGACUCUGUAAUUGCAAAUUGAUGGUUUCCUAAUGAAAUAUUGUCCUCUUGAAGCUCAGUUUCAGUGUUCGUUUCUCAUCCUUGCUUGUUAAAUAGGCUAAAGAAGUAUCGGACAGAGGCGAGGGAGCAAUGGCGGAGAUGGAGAUGAGAGCUCGAGAGGAUGUGGAAAUCGGCCGCGACAUAACGCCGGCGAUUCCACCGAUCUCCUUCUCCCUUCACGAUGCGUUUCUUCACUCCCACUGCUCCGCUUGUUUCUCCCCUCUCUCCGGUCGGCCGUUCCCACCCCGCCACCACCGUCAUCUCUCCUCCUCCUCGUCCGUCCUCUACUGUUCUCCUCUUUGCUCCGCCGCCGACUCGCCUCUCCACUUCUCCUCAGCGGAAUCCAAUCUCCUCGACUCCUCGCCUCCGUCGCCCUCUUCCGAGUCCUCCGCGGACCUCCGCCUCCUCCGGACGAGCUCCGCCGCCGCCUCCGGGGAUCGGAUGUUCGGUCUGCUUACCAACCGCGAGAAAUUGCUGGCGGAGGGCGACGAGAUCUCCGAUCGAGUGAGGAGCGGAGCUGCCGCGAUGGCCGCUGCGAGGGGAAGGGGGAACGGCGCCGCCGAAGAAGAGGAAUCGGCGAUUUGCUUGGUGAUCACCAACGGAGUGGAGGUUGUAGAUGAGAAAGGGCGAGGAAUCGGAAUCGCCGUUUACGAUUCCGCUUUCUCCUGGAUCAAUCACAGCUGCUCUCCCAACGCUUGCUACAGGUUUCUUCUCCCGUCGCCAGAUCUCUCGCCGUCGCCACCGGAUUCGGAUCUCCGAAUCGUUCCCUCCGGUCCCACGGUGGAGAAUGCUGCGUCCGCCGGCGGAGGCGGAUAUGGGCCGAGAAUUGUUGUAAGGAGCAUUAGAAGGAUCAAGAAAGGCGAAGAGAUCACCGUGGCGUAUACAGACUUGCUGCAACCAAAGGCAGCAAGAAGUUCAGAGCUCUGGUCGAAAUACCGCUUCAUUUGCUGCUGUAAACGCUGCAGUUCAUCAUCAUCUUCAUCCUACGUUGAUCGUGCUUUGGAGGAAAUUGCUACUUCUCAAGGAUUUGACAAUGUUGAAGCAACUGGAAGGAGGUUAACUGAUUACGUAGAUGAAGUCAUAACAGACUUCCUCUCAGAUGAUGGCGACCCCGAAACCUGCUGCAGAAAACUCGAACACCUUCUCGUCUCCGGUCUCUCCGGUCUUAGGUUGCAUCCGCUUCAUCACCUCGCCAUCAAUGCAUAUACCACACUAUCUUCUGCAUACAGAAUCCACGCCAGCACCAGCAGCUUAACAUCCGACCACCACCAUUGUCCUGAAUCUUUCAGCAAGACCAGGACAAGUGCAGCAUACGCCUUGUUUCUUGCUGCUGCAGCGAACCAUCUGCUGACCUUCGAGCCUUCGCUGGUUGCUUGCGUGGCAAACUACUGGGCGAGCGCUGGAGAGUGCUUACUAACGCUUUCCUCGAGCUCUUCUCCUCCUCCUCCUCCUUCUCGCGUUGCUCAGCAGUACAGGUGCUCGAAGUGCUCGUUCGUGGAUGCACUGAAGGCGGUUUCGUAUGCUGAUUUCGAGACCGUGAAGUGCAAGUUGGUUGAUUGUAUCGGUGGUUACACACGGAGGUCGUGGGGUUAUCUUUCGAAGGGAUGUGAUUACCUGGAGCGGUUCGAGGAUCCCAUGGAUUUGAGUUGGGUUCAGAAGUGGCCGGCCAGUAGUAAUCGGGACGCGAAAUGUGGGUUCGUGGUUGCAGAAAGUAUGGAUGAUGUUUGGCAGCUUGGUGCACAUUGCUUGGCUUAUGGAGGGUUUCUAGCGGCUGUUUGUUAUGGGGGAGCAAUCGCCUUGGAGUAACCCAGGUUCAGAGACUUCUUUGAAAGCGACCCAGAUUCCGUAACUAUCGGCAAGUUCCUUGGUUUUGGUAAUUUGGUUGAUUCUAAAUCGUGCGGGCUUUUACUUAGUUAAGUAUGGGCCUAUUGGAUGGGCUUUUCUGUCCAACACUGUAACUCAGACUUUUCUGGAUCCUGUCAAAUUUUGAGGCCCAUAUCAAGGAUUGAGGUACUUUUCCUAGAAAUGAUCUUUUGCACUAGCAAGUAGCAACCUUACACGUGGGAGAACAAACAUGUAGCACAAAUCUAGGGUGGUGGGUUGAUUGAUAUAGGGCAAUGCCAUUAUCCCAAUGAGCGCAAGGUGGCAGUGAGUAAUUGCAUUUGCGUGUUG